CGUAAUGUGCAACCGGUUGCAGCAUUUUUGCUCACGUACGAGAAUAUAAUGAUAGAUGGCGUCAGUUAUUUAAGGCGUAGUUGGAAAGAGAUAGCGGUGUUCUCGGAAGUUCUGUGGUUCUGUGGGUUCUGAGAGGUCUUGGGGGUUCUGGUUAAGGUGUGAUAGAGAAGAGACAACGGUCAUAACGGUGAUAACGGAGUUCUAGGCGUUGGGUAUAUCAGGCAUCUGUAACUGAAGAUGGUUCAGAUAACUGGAAGAUAUAAACUAGAGAAGAAUGAAAACUUGGAUGGCUACUUCAAAGCAAUGGGUGUUCCAUUCAUUGCUCGGCAGAUGAUGGCUGCUUCCACACCUUUGGUUGAAAUUUCUUGUAAAGAUGAUACUUGGACCAUUAAAACUUCAACCUUAAUUCGAACUACUGAAUUAAAUUUUAAAAUUGGAGAAGAAUAUGAUGAAGUCAUGCCAUCUGGAGAUAUACUGAAAAGUACAACUACUUUAGAAGAUGAGGAACUGAGAACCAUAUCAAAAGUACCUGAUGGGAGCCAGACUUCAAGGUUAUACAGUUUUUCUGAGGCAGGAAUGUUGUUGACACUUAUUCAUGAGAAAAGUGGGCAGACAGCAAAGCGGCACUUCAGGAGACUAGCUGAUUAGUUGUCUCUGUGUAUCUUUACAGAUGUGGAUUUUGAAUGGGAUAUGUGUUUGUUGUAUAUAUACAAUGCCUUUUCAUUUCUAGAGAAAUAAUUUGGGUCACAUUUGAAUUCCAGUGUAUCCUGUGACAUUCCUAAGUCAAAUGACAUUAAUUCAUUAAAACAAUAUGUUAAUAGAGAGUUUUGUCUUAGAGUAUAUUACUAUUUUGCUGUUAGAAAGUACAUUGGAAUUGGUGUUUUUGAUGUAUAUAUGAGUACAAAUAUUGUCUUACAUACUGUUUUGUAUAUUUUUUAUGUUACCUUGCUGUGACUUCUAAAUAGUAUACUGGGGAUGGAUAUUUUCAGAACUGAUUAAUAUAAAGACAUGAUUUUGUUAUUAUGUUUAAGAUGUACAAAUGUUGACAUAAGUUCAUUUAUUAUUGUAUGUAAGGCCGGGUACACACUAGCAAGCUGUUGCAUGUAACAUAAUGGUUACUGUAACCACAUUCUGUUAGUGUGGACGCCUUCCGAACCACGCUCGCGAACGUACUUCGAGCGUGCUCUGUAACACGACUGGCGAGCCACUGCCUUGUCGGUUUUUGCUGCGAACACAAAGGGACUUGCAGUAAGCUCAUGGAUGCCACAAUUGCUUGCUCGUAAAUGUGUACGUUUCCUCCGAGCCAGGAGUAGCAUUGCAAAUCGCUAUGUCUUCAUGGCGAGCUCACCAUGAGCACUAUGGAUCGGGUCACUCGAAGCUGGUUACACGACGACUAUGGACGUGUCGUCCAUACAAAGACGUGGUUACAGUAACCGUUAUGUUACAUGCAACAGCUCGCUAGUCUGUACCCGGCCUAAAAUAUACAGAUUUUAACCAUAUUCUUAAUAUAUUUCACAAUGUAAAUUUCA